AUGUGGGUCGGCCAAAAGCAGACGUGUAUGCAGGAUUCUGUCCGCAACCAACAUCUCACCACCUUUUUGCACAACCACCCCCGAAACAGCCCUCAACACACCCCCAACAUCCAGAAUCCCUCCUACUCACUCCCUCCACGAGCCUAUGGCCCCUCCCCCCCCCCCAACCGACCCAGCGGCGCGCCUGACGCAAUCAUGGAUGAUAUGGAUCUCGCCGACGGGUCUACAACGCGUCUCCCUGCCAAACCGGACAACGAGCCACCUCCCUCAGUCCUCCUCGCGUACCUGGAAAAUUUCAUUGCCAAUCCCAGCAACCGUUCACCUCAAGGAGAGGUAAUCGUUGACCCAAACUCGCUCGGAGCUAUCCUCGUGAUGAUGAACGCGGAGUCGACGCGUCUUAAGGAAAUGAACCGUCAGAUGAAUCAAAUGUCCAGAAUGGUCGAAACCUUCAAUGCUCGCCUCAAAGCUCUCGAAAGCGGAAAUGCGCCA